AUGACGCUGUCCCUUGCCCUUCUCACCCUUGGGCUUGGCCUAGAGGCUGCCGCACGCCCGCUCUCGGCGGGCAUGCAAAACAUCAAGAAUGUUGUAGUGCUGGUGCAAGAAAACCGAUCCUUUGACACUCUUGUCGGCGGACUUACAUAUAACGACGAUAUCGAUGGACUGGUCGGACGCGAUACCCCUUUCUGUAACCCAGCCAACAUUUCGCAGCCAGAUGGCAAACAGAUCUGCGGCAAGCCGACCGCCAACAAUAUCGCCAAGGAUGACCCUGACCACACAAUCUGGGGAGGAAACAUGCAAGUCUUUGGAAAAUAUCUUCCCAACUCCGAUGAUGAGUCGACUAUGAAGGGGUUUGUGACCGAGCAAGACACAUACUACAGCCUGGGAGGAAAUUUGCUGGAAGCGUCUGAAGUCAUCAACUAUUAUACUCCGGAUCAAGUGCCAGUAACCAAUGCGAUUGCCGAGAACUUUGUUCUAUUUGAUCGCUGGUUCGCCUCGAUCCCUGGACCGACUGACCCCAAUCGCGCAUAUUUGACUUCCGGUACUUCGCAUGGUCAGGGAGGCAACACUGAUCCUUUCUAUGACUCGACUCUUCCUCAAAAGUCUAUCUUCCAGCAGCUGUCUGAGAAUAAUAUUACCUGGAUGAAUUACGAAAACUCGACGUCCUCGAACCCGCCUUUCGCGCCCGAUUCGAUGUUCUAUAAAUGGACCAAAGAAAAUGGCAAGGAUAAAACCAACGUUUUCCCCAUUGAGCGGUUCUACUCGGAUGCAAAGGCUGGCAAGCUGCCUCAGUUCACAUGGAUCAACCCUGAGUGUUGUGAAUUUAUGUCAAUGCAUCCCAAGUCGCCUAUCAACAUGGGCGAGAAUUUCAUGAAGGGUGUUUAUGAAGCUAUUCGCAACUCGCCUCAAUGGAACGAGACUCUUUUCAUUGUCACUUGGGAUGAGCACGGAGGCGACGAUAUCACCUGGUCUGAAGCCCCGUCGAAGGAUGGCACUGGUCUCGGUAACUACACUUUCAAUUUCGACCGCUUGGGCAUUCGCGUUCCAACAAUGUUGAUUUCUCCCUGGGUCGAGAAGGGUGUUGUUGAGCAUAAGGCAAGCAAAAACGAUUAUACCCAUACCUCUAUUCUCACAUUUGUUUCUGAGCUUUGGGGCUUGGAUCCUCUUACUCCACGUGUGGAGUGGUCGCCUUCAUUCAGCAACUUGAUCACCAACAAGUACCGGGAUAGCCCUGCGAAGCUCCCUAAUGCCGCUGGAUAUCCGCUGAAGCAUCAAUUGCACUCUCAUUGA